AUGCAAUUCAAAAACGUCGCCCUAGCUGCCUCCGUUGCUGCUCUAUCCGCCACCGCUUCUGCCGAAGGUUACACUCCAGGUGAACCAUGGUCCACCUUAACCCCAACCGGCUCCAUCUCUUGCGGUUCUCCCGAAUACACUGCUACCUUCGGUAUCGCCGUUCAAGCAAUCACCUCCAAAGCUAAGAGAGACAUUAUUUCUCAAAUUGGUGACGGUCAAGUCCAAGCCACUCAAGUCUCUUCUGCUGCUGCUCAAGCCACCGAUGGUCAAGUUCAAGCUAGUACUACCGCUACUCCAAGCAGCUCCGAAAAGGCUUCUUCCUCUGCAUCUAAAACUGUCUCCACUGCCAACCCCUCCUCUGCUUCUUGCACUUCUCCAUCUUUGAAAGACAGCUCAUGUAAGAACUCUGGUACUUUAGAAUUGACCUUGAAAGACGGUGUUUUAACUGAUGCCAAGGGUAGAAUUGGUUCUAUUGUCGCUAACAGACAAUUCCAGUUUGACGGUCCACCACCACAAGCUGGUGCCAUCUACGCUGCUGGUUGGACCAUCACUGAAGAUGGUUACUUAGCCUUGGGUGACAGCGAUGUUUUCUACCAAUGUCUAUCUGGUAACUUCUACAACUUAUACGAUCAAAACGUCGCCGAACAAUGUAGCGCCAUUCAUUUGGAAGCUGUUUCUUUGGUUGACUGUUAA